AUGGACUUUGCCUCUCAGUACGGGUUCAAACAUACCACCUCAAGUCCCUAUCACUCCCAGGGCAACGGCCGAGCCGAGGCAGCAGUGAAAGUAUCGAAGUCUAUGCUAAAGAAAUCAGAUGACUUCCAAAUCGCCUUGCUCAAUUACAGAAACACACCACCAAAAGACCACACCUACUCUCCUGCCCAACGCAUGGUGAGCCGCCGGACACGAACGACGCUCCCAACAGCUGACCACCUUCUCGAGCCCAUGUCAAUCAACCGUGACACUGUAUCAGCAGAACUCAAGGCCAAACGCAACACCAGUAAAGCUCACUAUGACAAGACUGCGGGCCCAGAGCAGAAUAGCAUCAACAUUGGUGAAUUUGUGUAUGCACGACCACCGACAAGCAAACCAGGCAACCCUUGGGCAUAUGGCCGUGUCACCGGACAACGCCACUCAAGAUCUUACACCAUACAAACGCCCCACAGUACCAUUCGACGAAAUCGGAUACACAUCAGGCAUGCAGUACCUCCUCCUCCCCAAACACCACCGUGCACCCCACCCACGCUCACGCCUAGACCAGGCCACAGCCUUGCAAAUCACUACAAUCGUCUAGGAUCAGAGCUGAAUAUGCCCACUAAUCAGCCUACACAGCAACCACCUCCCACAAAAGUAACAGCGGCCCAGUUCUCGACACCCCUUCCCCUCCACAACCACAAGAACCAAGCACACCAGCCACGGGCCCAAGUGAGCUGCCUAUCGACACACCCCUUGCUACAAUUCAAGAACAGCCAAGGGAUCACCAACCCGAAAUGA